ACUCAAUGCGUCAGUUCAACUUUAUGAGUUACAUACUCCUAUCAAGGCGAUGGAAAUGACGGAUGAUCCCCUGGUCUUAGUUUUUAAAGCCUUAGACACAGAAGACAAAGGAUACAUCACUGUGGAUCAAUUUGUGUCAACUUUCAGAGAGUUUUACAAUUCCAGUGGCGCUGAUGGAGAACGGCGAUCAUCACUUUCUUCAAACGACAUCAUGAAAGUGGUGCAAACUUUAGACCCAAAAAAUGAUGGCAUUAUACAUUACGAAGAUUUUAAGAAGGCUUUUGAGGGAAAUAUAAACCUUGAUGAAGACAGUACCUCAAAGCAUUCAAGUGCUCUAUCUAAAAACUUGGAUAAUCACAACGUAUCCGUAAGGUCAAGUUUCCUUUCAGAUGGCUUGGAAAACAAGACUGAUGAUAGUGGUGUGCAUAUGCAUGAUCCAACUUUAUUCGACAUUGAUACUGACUCUGCCUUAAGCGCCGAUGGACCAAACAAUAGUACUCGUUUAAAACGAAGUGAGAUUAGAAGCAGUUGGCCAAAGCAUAGAUACAGUUUGGGCUAUCUUGCAAAUCCUUUGUCCAGCCUACAUCAUGGUCCAGAUUCUCCAGCCAGUGCUUCACAAUCGGAUAUAUUACUCGGUGAUAUGGAGUCGAAUUUUGAAUUUAUUAGAGAUCAAAUGAGACGAAUGGAAGAACGUGUAGAAGAUCUAAAAAUUAACAGAAACAAUGAAAGUGAAACACGUUUAGAUCGUUUACGCGACGAGAAUGCUCGAUUAACCGCACAAAUCACUGUUUUAGAAGAACGUCUUAAAGAGUCCGAUGCAAGAUCGAAUCGUGCAUUAGAAGCUGAACGACAGCAUAUGCAAUCAAUUUUGUCACGUUCUUCACGAGAACACACUCAAGAAUCAGAAACAUUACGUGCUCGAAUUAUUGCUUUAGAAAGUGAAUGUUCUGAAUUGCGUGUUCAAUCAGCUCGUAUCAAAGCAGACAAUCAAGCGUGUAUGAUUGAUCUUCGAAGAACUAAUGAACAAUUAACUGAAUCACAAGAACAAGCAACUAAUUUACAGGAAGAAUUAAAAGCAUUAACAGUUAAACAUACUAGAGAAAUGGAAGUUUUACGAAAAGAUCGUGACCAUGCUGUACAUGUACUGGAAGAGUUGAAUGGUUCUAUGGGUGGUAAACGACGAAGUCGGGUCAGUUCAGGUUCUGGUACUAUUACAGCGGCUGCAGCUGCUACUGGUUCAACCGAAGUGUUGGCGCGUUAUCAAGAAGUUCAGGAGAUUGUUCGUCGGCUUACCGCUGAAAAUAAAAUAUUACGACAGCAAGUAGAAGAGGCUCAAGAAGAACUACUUACACAGUCACUUCAACAAGGUCGAAGUUUGAUACGUUCAUCAGAAAAAAGUUGGGCUUCUGAAAUAGAUAAUUGUACUAAAGAAGAAGUUGUUGAAUUAUUAUCUAAAGAAAAGUAUGCCAAUGAACAAUUACGUAAAUAUAUUGAUGAUUUAAUUACACGAAUCAUUGAACGACAUCCAUCGUUAUUGGAGAUUGCAAGUGGAGGCGGCGGACCAUAG